CAGCGGCUCAGACAGCAAACAGAGCGGAGCUGCGCGCGCGGGGAGAGCAGGGAGGGGCUCUUUCUGAGGGGACAAAUAUCGGGAAUAUCAGCAGCACCCGGACAUUCCUCACACACGCGCCGCGCCGCGCCUCACGUUUCGGGGGGACGAUUGUCUGUUUUUUCGUUCCUCUCGCGCUCCGUGUGGAUUUGCACUGAUUUCUGCCCGGCCGGCCGGAGCCGGACCUCCUCAAUCUCAACCCCCCCGGGCCCAGCAGAGCAGAGCAGGGAAAGAAGCCCCCCUCUGUUCCGCUUGUUUUCUCCAGCAGCUGAUCUGUCGUUUGCUGGGACAGAUAGACAGACAGGAAGGAAGGAAAGAAAGAAGGGAAGCUCGGCUGCUGCUGCUGCUGCUUUUUCUGUGUUGUUGUUUUUGUUUUGUUUUGUUAGAUUUUUCCCCUCCUCUUUUCUCUCUUUUCCCCCUUUCCCAAUUUUUCUCUAUUUCUCUGCACCAGACUCUCAAACCUGAGCUGGUGCUGCUUUUUUAAUCUUCUUUCUUUCUUCCCCCCUGUUUUUCCCCUCUUCUCUCCUCUCCUUUCCUUCCCUACCCACCCGUCCGUCCCUCCGUCACCCCUGUGUGCUCAAUCCCUCCCUGCUCUGCUUUAUUUCUUUUAACCUUUUUUAUUUUUCUCUAUUAUUUCUAUUUUCCUUUCCUUUCUUUAUUUUACUCACUCACUACUCCUGCUGCCCUGCGGAGGAGCCCGGAGCAGCAGCAGCCGGAGCCCGAGCUCCAACCCAAACCCCAGCUCCAGCUCCAGCUCCAGCAGCAGCCGCGAUGCCGAGCUCUCUGUUCGCUGACAUGGAGCGCAGCGGCGGCGGCGGCGGCCAGCAGGGCGAGGCGCUGGACGACCAGCGCGCCCUGCAGAUCGCCCUGGACCAGCUGUCCCUGCUCGGCCUGGACAACGACGAGUCCGGCGCCUACGACAACGAGCCGCGGAAGAAGAGCGUCAACAUGACCGAGUGUGUGCCGGUGCCCAGCUCCGAGCAUGUGGCUGAGAUUGUGGGCAGACAAGGUUGCAAAAUCAAAGCCCUGCGAGCGAAGACCAACACCUAUAUCAAGACUCCGGUGCGAGGGGAGGAGCCGGUCUUUGUUGUGACAGGCAGGAGGGAGGAUGUAGCCAUGGCUCGGAGGGAGAUUAUCUCUGCAGCGGAGCACUUCUCCAUGAUCCGAGCGUCGCGGAAUAAAAACAGCAGUCUGAACGGGAGCACGCCUGUGCCAGGCCCGCCCAACCUACCGGGGCAGACCACCAUCCAGGUGCGGGUGCCCUACAGGGUUGUCGGUCUGGUGGUUGGGCCCAAGGGAGCCACCAUCAAGCGCAUCCAGCAGCAGACGCACACCUACAUCGUCACGCCCAGCCGGGACAAAGAGCCGGUCUUUGAGGUCACUGGUAUGCCAGAGAAUGUGGACCGUGCCCGAGAAGAGAUCGAGGCACACAUCGCCAUGCGGACGGGAGGCUUGAUCGAGUUCAGCUCGGAUGAGAACGACUUCCACGCCAAUGGUACGGACGUGGGCUUUGACCUGCAUGGCCACCACACUGGACUGUGGAGCAACAAGACUGGCUCGGGCGUGACACCCAGCUCAGGCCGCAAGCCCUUCUCCAACUAUCGUAACGACAGCUCCAGCUCACUGGGAAGCGCCUCCACCGACUCUUACUUUGGCACCAACGGUGGCACGAGGAUGACAGACUACAGCCCGCCGAGCCCUGCCCUCAGCUACACUGCUUCAAGCAAUGGCAACAAUAACAACAACAACCUGAACGUGAACGUGGUCAACGGCAACGGCUUUGUCUACAACAGUGACGUCAUCUCUCCAGACUGCGGCGACCUGGGCUUCGACCCUUCGCCAGGAUUCGACCCCACUCCGGCUCCCCCUGGCUUGAUUUGGUCCCAGUAUGAGCGUGCCAACGGCACAUCUACCAGCCCAUCCUCCUCUAUCUUCCCCGCCAACAAUGCUUCCACCAAUGCCAAUGGUCUGCUGGCCAAUCAGAGGAGGGCAAACGGGGUCAACUGUGGCCAGCCCAGGCUAUCCCCGCCCCUUCACCACGUGGGAGGCAGCGAGCACCCACUGGCCCGGAGAGUGCGCAGUGACCCUGGUGGAGGUUCCUUGACCUUCCCCGGUUAUUCGCCCAACAGCAUCUCCGCCCUGGUGCCCUCCGACUCCUCUGCCUCUUCCUCGUCGUCCUCUUCCUCCUCUUCCUCGGGGACAAGCCGCAAGGGCAGCCGGGACUGCUCGGUUUGCUUUGAGAGCGAGGUGAUCGCUGCCCUGGUGCCCUGUGGCCACAACCUCUUCUGCAUGGAGUGCGCCAACCGCAUCUGCGAGCGGAACGAGCCGGAAUGCCCCGUCUGCCACGCUGCAGUUACUCAGGCAAUACGUAUAUUUUCUUAAAAAAAAAAACACUAAAUGCAUAAAAAAGGACAAUGGUGACGUGCCCCCGUGACUACAAUAGCAACAAAACCACCAACUG